CCUCGCCCCAGCUUCGUGACGCAGUUCAAGCUCUUCCUCCUGGGCGUCAUCCUCCCCUGGGCUGUUCCGGAUGAGACGCCUCCAUCCCUCCGCCCCUCUGAUCCUCUUAUCAGCGAGUAAGCGGCCAAGAUGGAUGUUGUAAACCAGUUGGUGGCCCAAGGGCAGUUCACAAUAAUCAAACAGCCACUGGGAUUCAUAAAAGUUCUACAAUGGAUCUUUGCAAUCUUCGCCUUCUCCACAUGUGGCAGUUACUCUGGCAUGUUCAAGAUGAGCGUGGAGUGUAAAAACCGGUCGGAGAGUGACCUAGGCAUAGAAGUAGAAUUUGAAUAUCCAUUCAGGCUCCAUCAGGUGUACUUUGAUGCCCCAACCUGUAAGGGAGAGAACCCUGAGCGUCUAUUCCUGGUCGGGGACUACUCUUCCUCAGCUGAGUUCUUUGUCACCAUCGCUGUCUUUGCCUUCCUCUACUCUAUGGCAGCUCUCUCUGUAUACUGUUUCCUACUGGAGAAGUACCGGGAAAACAACAAGGGGCCCCAGGCCGACUUCGUUGUGACAGCGGUGUUCGCCUUCAUGUGGUUGGUGUCCUCGUGUGCUUGGGCUAAAGGUUUGUCAGAUGUGAAAACAAACACCGAUCCAGAGAAGGUCAUUUCUUACAUCUCAGCCUGUGAAGAACAAGAGAAUCGCUGCCGUGAAGUUCACGACCCCAAGGUCUCCGGCCUCAACACCUCUGUGGCUUUUGGCUUCAUCAACUUGAUCCUGUGGAUAGGAAACCUGUGGUUCGUGUUCAAAGAGACCGGCUGGAUGGGUGCCUUCGCUGGAACAUACGUCCCAUCACAGGAAAAGCAGCCUGCCCCUGAUUCCUUUGCCCAGGGUGGCUACGGUGAGCAGGACCCCUACGCCGGCUCCCAGGGAGGUUACCAACCCGACUACGGCCAGCAGGGAGGCUACAGCGAGGAUGGAGGCUACAACCAGGGCUAUGAGCAGCAGCAGCAGCAGCAGCCCACUUCAUUCUCUAAUCAAAUGUGAGCCUGUCCAGUCAAACUACAGCUGCAGGAUGAGUUACCUUGUGACUAUGGAGUGUGGCUCUCGAC